AUGGAAGUCCCGCAAACCAUCGAGGAUGCUAUCGAGCUAACGAAGCUGCUUGGUUUUGACUAUAUAUGGGUGGACGCAUUAUGCAUCAUCCAGAACGACGCCGCUGAUCAGCAGAUCCAAAUCAACAACAUGCAUGGCGUAUACAAGACGGCAUUCGCCACAAUUGUUGCUGCGUCUGGGGCCCAUUCGGAUGCCGGUUUACCAGGACUGCGAGCAGGCACCCGGCACUACGAGCAGCGCACGGCGAUUGUAGUCGCUCCCACCAAUCGUGAACCAGGCAUGUCCCUAGUGACGAGCGUGAAGAGCCUUCCACAAUCUCUGGGCUCAUCAUGGACCGUAGGACACGGCGACAUUGACACGAGUGUAUGGAACCGCCGCGCAUGGACCAUGCAGGAGAAAGCCCUCAGUCGGCGCACAAUCACCUUCUCAGAAGAGCAGGUGUCAUGGGACUGUCCAUGUGCGUCUUUCUCCGAAGAAGCUUUUUUCGAAAUCCGCAACCUGCGCUGCCGAUCCAUCACCUCUACAUCAUACCAAGACCUCACUCUCUCCAGUCUGUCUCCAGAAAAGUCGCCGUGGGACCUUUAUCGCAACCUCGUCGACCGCUUUAGCCAGCGCGAUUUGAGCUAUCUUGGCGACUACAACGAUGCUUUCGCGGCGAUCAUUGAGAUGUUCAGCGACACCACGGGCGAGAAGUUUCUCUGGGCACUUCCUUACUCGAGAUUCAAUCUGGCGCUUUCAUUCAGUUUCCUAGUUGGUCGUGGCUGGGGUGGGUUGGGCAUGCGCAUUGCUCCGUUGGAACGGACCGCACCGAGUGCCUUCAGCGACGUAGAAAUCCACCUGGCAUACCUCACCACUGAGAUUCUGAGUACCUACGCGGACGAAUAUCUCCUCUUCUUCUGGGCCGACACCGCUCGCUUCCUCGUGCGACCUCCCAACCAACUCACUUUUACAGACCACAAAAACGUCGGCACCAAUGUGCAGGACUCAAGGCCAACCGUGCACAACAUGGAAGGUGCAUGCAUAGGAACAGCUUGUCGGAUCAAGGGCGAGCAUUGGGCUUCGGCUACGGGAGGCUUCAAUGAGCAGUGGUUCGACUUUGUUGCUGUUAGUAGACGGGCUGUGCGAGAGAUUCCUGAGUAUCCUGUGACCAUCAUAGCAUUACAGAUCGAAUGGGUUAGUGGUGUAGCGUAUAGAGUAAACAUUGCGGAGAUUGGCGAGGACAAUUGGUUAGCUGCGAGACCGGUACGCAGUCUUAUCGCUCUUGCCUAA